AUGGGUCGUUCCGCGAACGAUCACCGGGCGUCGAUGCCGGCUAGGCAAGCCGUUCCCAAGUCGGAUCCAUUUAGACCUAGCAGCACGAGACAACAGCGGCAUUCUAAGUCGCAACCUUUUGAUGCUGAUGAUUUGCGACGACGACUGUAUAUAGUUAUUGAAGAACAAGAAGCGCAGAAGAAGAGACAAAAGCGAAGACCAGACGAGAGUUACCAGAGUCAAGAGCAGAGUAGAUCUAUGAGCAGAUCAGAGGCGAGACAGACGGAUGCUAUAAAACCAGGAGCUAGCGAAAAGAGCUUCGCGACACGGAUGGCAAAAAGCAAAGUCACGAUAGCAGAUUCAACAAGAGAGAACGAUACCCAGCCACCAAAAAUAAAAACCGGCCGGUCAAUGUCAAAAUCCAUCCAAGACAGACUACGGCGCCGACCGUCAGAGGUAGACCCGACAGCGACCGAGAGCGCGGUCAAAGCAACAUCAUACCAGCACGUGCCCCAAGAAGCCGCCGCGCAAUUCGAACGGACGGCAACAGCCAACAGCAUGCGGGAGAGGAAUCUCGAGCAUAGUAUAUCCCAAUCAACACUCAAAUACCACGUCGAACGCUGGCCAUCAUCAGAUCAACACGACCUCGACUCCAGCACAUCUACCACGCACACAUUAGAACGAGUACGAAGCAAACGGGAGCUCUUCCACGACCGGAACCCCUUCCAGACCCCGCAGUGGCACCCAGCCGCCGAAGAAGAACUCUACCCUCACCCUCACCACCAACCGCAACCACAACCACAACAUCAACUCCGCCGCCACAGCGCCCCGCUAGUCAUGCCCCCGCGCCCCUGGCGCAAAAACAGCAUCGGCACCGUCCUCGAGGACAAAGCCAUGGACGAGAUCUCGUCCGAGGAGACCCUCGUCGUAGACCCCUUAUUAACCACCACCACGAUAAACGAGCACCGCGUCGACUGGACGCAGUGCGACGAGAAGCCGUCGGUUGAGGCCACUACUACUACUACUACUACUGCGACGGGUGGGGGCAGGAUCCCGCUGCUAAGAAAGGCGGAUUCCCUCUGGACGCUGAAGAAGCUAGGCGGGUUUAAUAGGGGUAGUAGUGUUGCUCGCGAGAAGCAGCAGCAACAACAGCAGCAGCAGCAGCAGCAACAUUUGCAGGAUGAUGGGAGUCCGACGGGUUCGUCGCCGUCGCCGCUGAAGUUUCCGCGGUUUGGGUUUUUGAUGAGGUUGAGACGUUAG